AUGGGCAUUUGUACUAGCAAACCAAAACCAACAUAAUAAUAGAAACUAGAAGUAAGAAUCAACACAAUUACAAACACUUAACCAGAUAGAUAAUUAUCUUAACCAUCCUUUUAUCGUUCUAUUGAUCGAGGUUAUUAUAUUGCACACGAACAUGAUGCAUCUUGA